AUGGGUGCAUCCAAGCCUACUCCGUGCCCUCGGGCGCACACUUUGGCCAAUCCCAUGCCUGAAAGCAGACUAGACAUUGAUCAUUGGUGGCGACAUCCAAACCUGCGAACCCUGAAUCUCCUGCUGCUCAUUCCGUUAUUGUCAAUCUUCUCCCAAGGUUUUGACGGCUCUAUGAUGAACGGUCUUCAGUCAGUUACACAUUGGCAAAAUUACUUCGGAACACCCAAGGGGGCAACUCUCGGGUUCUUCAAUGCGGCUUACCCUCUCGGCGGUGUCGCCGGUGUUUUUCUCAUCUCGCCCGUAGCCGAUGGAUACGGUCGACGCAUGGGCCUGGCCUUAGGGGCUGCAUUUUGCUGUAUAGGUGCCGCGCUCCAGGGAGGAUCUAUCAACAUCGCUAUGUUCGUCAUUGCCCGUGUCAUCAUCGGCGCAGGAAGUGUUAUUGUGGCAGGUGUCGGAGCACCAUACAUCACGGAGAUCGCUCAUCCGGCACAGCGGAGUACAGCGACCGCACUUUUUCUCACCUUCUACUCCGUAGGUUCCAUUGUGGCUGCUUGGUGCACUUUUGGAACCUUUCGCAUUGACGGCACGGCAUCGUGGAGAAUCCCAUCCUCCCUCCAGGGCUUUCCAUCUGUCAUUCAGCUUCUGUUGGUAUGGUUCGUUCCCGAAUCGCCUCGUUGGCUUGUUAGCAAAGGAAGAUCCGAGGAAGCCCUGGCUGUGUUGGCCAAGUAUCAUGGCGAGGGCGAUGAGAACGAUGCGGUGGUGCAAUUCGAAUAUGCGGAGAUUCAAAGUGUGCUUGGAGCGGAGCAGUCUUUCUCGAAGCUCAACCUCUUUUCCUUCUUUCGUGAGCUGGCCACCGGUCCCGGCAAUCGUAAACGUCUUUUUAUCAUGGUCUGGGCCGCCAUUUGUUCACAGAUGUCGGGCAACGCCUGUGUGUCUUACUACUUGUCUCCAAUUCUGACUUCAGUCGGCUUGACCUCUGAUCUGCAACAAACCCUCAUCAACGCUACCUCACAGAUGCUCUCCUGGGGCAGCGCAGUGUACUUUGCGACCUUGCCUGCCAAGCUGGGACGCCGGACAUUGUUUCUCAGCUCGCUGUGUGCCAUGUGGGUGAUCUUUAUCUGCAUUACGGCUGCCAGUGCCAUGUUCGCCCAGAGUCAUGCCAACAAAGCUGCCGCAUACACAGUUGUUGUGUUUCUCUAUCUGUUCUCGCCGGCCUACAAUCUCGGGUUCAACGGGAAUCUCGGUCUCUAUAUCCCCGAGAUCCUGCCCUUCCACCUUCGCACCAAGGGCCUAUCAUUCUUCUAUUUUGUGCAAUUCUGUUUCAUGAUCCUAUCAACUUUUGCCGUCCCAAUCGGCCUCGAAAGUAUCCAGUGGCGCUUCUACCUGGUUUUUGUGGUCUGGAUCAUCGUGGAAUUGAUUGGGGUGUAUUUCAUGUUCCCGGAAACGAAGGGCCCGACGUUGGAAGACAUCGCAUAUAUCUUUGACGGGCCGAAUACCAAGUACAGUGGAGAACUCGAGGCAGGGGGCGAUGAGGUGAAGGUCGAGCAUAUCCAUGCAGAACUCAAGUAG